UCACUCCCUCUACACCUCCCUCUGUCACUCCCUCUACACCUCCCUCCGUCACUCCCUCUGUCUGUCACUCCGUCAGUCUCUGGUGAGUAAAGUGAGGGUGAACGAUAACAGUCUUGAGACGAGGUGGAGGAUUCGAGCCUCCUGCUGAGAAACUGUGUCACCAUGGCAGACCAUUUCAGCUGUUUUUAUUGCCGCGAUGAUUUAAAUGGAAAGAAAUAUGUGCAGAAGGACGAGAAGCCGGUGUGUGUGCGCUGCUUUGACAAAUUCUGCGCCAACAAUUGUGCCGAGUGUCGCCGUCCAAUCAGCACGGACUCCAAGGAGCUGCACUAUAAGGGUCGUUACUGGCAUGAGGACUGUUUCCGCUGCUCAAAGUGCUAUAAAAAUUUGGCUAAAGAGUCAUUCAGCGUGAAGGAUGACCGGAUCCUGUGUGGAAAAUGUGGUUCACGUGAGGAUGCACCCCGCUGCAACACCUGCUACAAACCCAUCUUAGCAGGUACAGAGAGCGUGGAGUACAAAGGCAACGUGUUUCAUUAUGAAUGUUUCACGUGUUAUAAGUGUAAGAAGCCGAUCGGCUCGGAGAGCUUCAUCACUAAAAAUGAGAAUGUUUACUGCAGCAGCUGCCAUGACAGCAAAUUCGCUAAACAAUGUACUGCCUGCAAGAAGCCCAUCACAGCAGGUGGAGUAAAUUAUCAGGACCAACCGUGGCACUCGGAGUGUUUGGUGUGUGUGGUGUGUGUGAAGCCUCUGGCUGGAACUCGCUUCACUUCUCAUGAGCAGAAACUCUACUGCGUCGACUGCUACAAAACACAAGUGGCCAAGAAGUGCAGCGGCUGCCAGAACCCCAUCACUGGUUUUGGAAAAGCCGCUAAUGUGGUGAACUAUGAGGGAGGAACAUGGCACGAUUACUGCUUCACCUGUAAGAAGUGCUCCUUGAACCUGGCUGAGAAACGCUUCAUCUCCAAGGAUGGGAACAUCUUCUGCACCGACUGUGCCAAGAAAGUGUAAAGACCCAAACAAUGGGCCGAAAUUCCUUAACCACAUACAAGAUGCUUCAUCUGUGUUCAUUUAUCUCACAGUCUCACUGCAGAAUCAUCAGCUACCGCUCACAACUCCUCAUCAAAUCAUGUCCUUCUGCUGACUUUCUGUGUGUGUGUGUGUGUGUGUGUGUGUGUGUGUGUGUGUGUGUGUGUGUGUGUGUGUGUGUGUGUAUAAUAGUAUAUCUGUAUCUCACUUAGACUAUUAGAUCUGUGUGUGUGUGUGUGUGUGUGUGUGUGUGUGUGUGUAUAUAAUAGUAUAUCUGUAUCUCACUUAGACUAUUAGAUCUGUGUGUGUGUGUGUGUGUGUGUGUAUAUAAUAGUAUAUCUGUAUCUCACUUAGACUAUUAGAUCUGUGUGUGUGUGUGUGUGUGUGUGUGUGUGUGUGUGUGUGUGUAUAAUAGUGUAUCUGUAUCUCACUUAGACUAUUAGAUCUGUGUGUGUGUGUGUGUGUGUGUGUGUGUGUGUGUGUAAAACAGUGUAUCUGUAUCUCACUCAGACUAUUAGAUCAGAGUGUGUGUGUGUGUGUGUGUGUGUGUGUGUGUGUGUGUAAUAGUGUAUCUGUAUCUCACUUAGACUAUUAGAUCUGUGUGUGUGUGUGUGUGUGUGUGUGUGUGUGUGUGUAUGUGUGUGUGUAAAACAGUGUAUCUGUAUCUCACUCAGACUAUUAGAUCAGAGUGUGUGUGUGUGUGUGUGUGUGUGUGUGUGUGUGUGUGUGUGUGUGUGUUCUUUCAGCCAGAUUUCUCAAGCAAAUAUUAAGUGAGACUCAAACUGAAGUGUAACCGAAUAAAAGGUUCGAUUAAAA